ACGUGACUAAUGUUUUUUAUAAUGGCGUCUUCGAGAUGUCCUAAUGAGAGAGAUUUAGCAAAUAGCCCAAACGGCGAUACUAACAGGGGACAGUCCGCAAAUUACGAGUCAAAUUCAUUGAAAAUGCGGUUAAAUUUUCAUACUCCUCCAAGAGGACAACGAAGUAGACCCACACUAGAAGAUACCUUUAAUAAUAUAAGUAUGAACGGAGGCACCGUAAACGGUUCAUCAUUAAGUCAAUCGCCAAGGUCGUCAUCGGAAACACGAACUAGCAGUGGAAAACGACCGCAACUGAACUUGAAUUUUAAAUUUCCUCAAAAACCACACAGACUAGAAGACGAACAUGCAAAUUUUCGUCAAAUUACUCGAAAUUCUGGAUUGUUAGAAAUAAAUGUAAAUGAGAAAAUUAAAGUGACUUCGGAUGAAUUGGUGAGCGAAGGGGAACUUGGUCACGGUAACUGUGGUCACGUACAUAAAAUGAGACACAAAGAAAGAGGCACUCUCAUGGCCGUUAAACAAAUGAGAAAAUCUGGUAACAAAGAGGACUUGAAGAGAAUAUUAAUGGAUAUCGACAUUGUAGUGAAAUCCCAUGAUUGUAGAUAUAUUGUAAAAUGUUUGGGAUAUUUCAUUAACGAGGUUGAUGUAUGGAUCUGCAUGGAAUUAAUGGAUACUUGCUUGGACAAGUUAAUUCGCAAAUUAAAACAAGGUUUACCUGAGAAUAUUAUCGGAAAGGUGGCUGUAGCGACUGUUAACGCUCUUCAUUACUUGAAAGAAAAGCACGGCGUGAUUCAUCGAGACGUAAAACCAUCGAAUAUACUACUCAGUAGAAAUGGCAGCAUAAAAUUAUGUGAUUUCGGAAUAAGUGGUCGUUUAGAUAACUCCAAGGCAAAAACAAGAAAUGCUGGUUGUGUGGCUUAUUUAUCACCGGAACGUAUUGAACCAGUAGAUCCAGACUUUCCUGUUUACGAUGUCAGGGCGGAUGUGUGGAGUCUUGGAAUAACUUUGAUUGAAUUAGCAACUGGAAAAUUUCCGUAUCCAAAAUGCACUUCUGAUUUUGAAGUAUUAAGCCAUAUCGUCAAAGACGAUCCACCGUCUGCCCCACGUAGCUUUUCGAUAAAUUUUGCUGAACAAAAUGACAAUAUUUCCUUUCGUUACAGCCUUCGAAAGGAUCCAUCUGCACGGCCAAAAUAUCAAGCUUUAUUAAAUCAUCAAUUUCUCAAAUAUUACGAGGAGAGGGCCGUUGACGUCGGUUCAUGGUAUCAUGAUCAAUUGCAGAAAAUGACUGAAAUCGAAAAUGGAAGCUGA